GAAAGCAGUCAUGCUUAACAAGUUCAAACAGUAUUGGUUAACUAUCAUCGGGAAGGGAAGAAAGAAGGGAAUUGCAACACGCGUAAUAGCACGCGAUAAGUUUCAUUGAUUGUUUGUUGCUUUAUUCAAUUCAUUGUGUGAGGGCUGAGAUACUGCCCGGGCGCCAAGACCGAAGCAGGUGGUUUUAUUAAGGGACCACCGCCGGAGCCUUUGACUUGUAGUCUAAUUCGCAAGGCAGCGGAGCAGCGUCAGGAGCUGCAUUCCCAUGGUUUCCGGUGACCCAUAUGGGUUCAUACGCCAUUUGAUCCGAUUGGAUACUGCAGCCCGUGUACCCUAUGGUAACUGCUUUUAGUUUAAUCGCUAUCCAAACAACCUUCCUGACAUGGCAGGACCUGCAGGGACAGAGUCCCAGUCAGUUUAGCAUGUUGGGUCAUUACGGUAUUCAAGCCCGACAACCACGACAAGGUAGCAGUUAUUAGCCGGGGCCCUCGGUUAAAUUACUAUGGUUUCAGUAAGAGGAUCGACGACUUCAUACAAGGAAAAUGAAACAAAUUGAAAUAAACGACAUUAACUACAAAUCUAUCCCUAAUCGCAACCCUAACCUUAAUCCUGACCCUAACCGUAAACUUAACACAAGCCGUUACCUUAAUCCUAACCCUAAUGACAAUCCUUAUCCUGCUGUAAACCUAACCCUAACCUCAAUACAUAGCUUAACCCUUAUCCUAACCCUAAUGAGAUGUUAACACAUUGUCCAAACAGUAAUUGAAAGCAUGAUCUGGGUGAAACUUGCUCCUUAUUUAUGAAUAGCGUUGAUAUUUCAGCUAUGAUAACGAAAGGUGACGUUAGCCAAAGACUAGCAUGCGUUCAAGGUCAUUGAAGCGUUCGUACUCCUGGGACGCUAUUGUUGAACUUCGCAGGAUAGGUCAGGUCCGUAGUAAUUAUUUAAAAUCUUAAGCAUUGUAAUUAAGUCUCCUCUCUGCCUACGGUAUGACACGGAGAAGAGAUUUAAACUGUCUAGUCUUUCCUCAUAUAAUAGAUUAGUAAUGUGAGGAAUCUUACGUGUUUCCUUCCUUUGAACCCUUUCUAGAAUGUGUGGGUCCUGUUUUAGACAAGAACUGGCUGCCUGGAUACAGUUUUCCAGUCGUGACCUCACAAGAGAUGUAUAUAAGGAGGUGAUGAUUGUAGUGAAGCCUCUGCGAAUUGCCCAUUAAGACCUGAAACUGCGUGCAGCCACCGCGCGACAGUGUGCGGUAGUUUUUAAACCGUGGCCAACGGACACCUAAAUCCAAGUGAGUCUGAACUAAUGGAAGUGUUAUUCCCUCUAGUUCGUAGAAGCUGAUGCUUGCUUGUCCCAUUCGCAUGGUUGCACAUUUUGCUACACUGAUCAGGAUCAUCUAUUCUCUGAACCACCGUGACAAUCUGUCGAGGUCUUCUUGCAACGUGAGCUUAUCACUGUCGCCCUGCAGGUCUCUUCAGAUUUUCAAGUCAUCUGCGUAUAGGAACAUAGUAGAGUCGGUGAGCAGAGAUAGCUCACUGAUUCCGAACUAUCUCGUCGGCGUACAAAACCAUGAAGAAUUAACUACGUUUGGGUAAUUCUUUGGUCUAAAGCGAAAAGAUAAUAGCCUAAUUAUUGUGCUUUUUUGCACCGUGGUACAUACUGUUGUCUAGGAAAAGGGUUUUGAGUUGAUCCUUACUAUCUCAUUUUCUACCGACUAGUAACUCCUAUCCAAGUGACUUAGUUGACAAUCAUUCCCAAAUACUCCACUCUUACUAAGAUGCGUAGAAAUUACGCCCACUGUUUUUUUGUCGUUUCAGUGUUUGUUUCUCAAAAUAGGCUACACAAAUAUGCUCACAUUUGGAGUGUUCGAUUUCCUGGAAUUUGAUUGCGAGGAACUCAUACAGGAAAAUUGACGACUGUAUCGACAGGGUGUUGUCCAACCUCGUUUGAGAAUUAGGACUAACUUAGAAUGUCACCGGUAACUAGGUUGGAAGAUAAGUAGCCAAGCCCAUAUCGCUUGGUCUGUUUUCCUAGCAAAAAGCUUUUAUAACACAAAUCCUAAAAUUUCUUCCUAAUCUGAGCAGAAGUGAUCAUGUUACCGUCACAUCCAGAAAAUAUGUUUCCGAGAAGAAACCUAAUGGAUUGGUCAACCAAUACUGCUGGAAUUUUAGACAACUAAUAGAUGGUUCAACCAUUGAUAAGGGUGGAAACGUAACAUCAUCCGCUUACGACUUAAGCUUCGAAAUUAUGUCUAAACACUUCCAAUGUCGAGGAUUACAAUGGACUACUUCGUUUUAUGAAUUCUAUUAUUUCAACAUGCUUUAAGUGCUCGACGUACAUAAAUAAGAUGACAAGUCUACUAUUUUUUAAAGGAAGCAAGGCCAAAGAGAAACUGGAUGUUAUAAAGUUAAUUUUCAUCACAGUGCACACAGGCAUAUAUAAAUGAAUAGUGGAUUAUGCGGUCAGCGCCUAAACAUGAAAUGCUCCGAAGUCACUGAAAACUUAUUAUGAUGGAUGUGAAAGGGCAAGAGAAUAGCUUACUCUUAGAAUUUUCCAGCCACAAAUCCUUAAUAUACAUUGUCAUUCUAUUUUGUAGAUGAAAUGUUGGAGUGUUACAAAUCACUUGAUGUACCGAUUAUCUCUUCAACAAUGAAAGGUCCUGUAAGAACACGUGAUGUCUUGGAGGUAGAAAGAAUUGUGAAUGAAGAGCCGGAAGUCAGGGUUUUGAUGGCAGAUCUUCAAGACUGGUUCAGUGUAAUUGUGAAAUUAGAGAAUAUAUUGAAUUGGAAAAGUAUUCGAUCGACUCUGCUUGUGAUAUUUUCAAUCACCAUUUUGUUUUUGCUACUGCAUAUAUAUGAACCUCCAGUUCUGCUUGUUGUGGGUUGUUCGGGACUGCUUUUCAGCUUGACAGACUACUUCGGGCCUAUAGUUUUAUCAAGGAUGUUCACAAAUCCCCCAAGCUACGAAGAUAAUUGGUGUUAUUGGAACUUUUGUAGACGCCUGGUGCAUAUGCGUCACGUACUGAUAAACUUUUGUAUUUUCGUACAUCGAGUUCAGUAUCGAAAUGCACUUCUACACUUCCUAACGAGUUCUUCUCUUCUGUGCAUCGUUGGUUUUGUCGGAUUGCAUAUUAGUGAUUUACUUUUGUUUUAUUUCUUGAUUCUAACCUGCUUCAUUGCUCCAAAGCUGCAGCCUAAAGUAAUACUAAGGAUGAUCGCUUGGUGUCUUUGGUUCCCCAUAGUUUUUCUUCAAUCCUGCAUCUCAAAGUUUCGGCCAAGAAUGCCGAAAUUCACUAUUUGGACCAGGAAUCAAACCUCACUGAGGAAGAAUACAUAA